AUGGAGUGCAAGUGGUGGAUCGGGAGGACGGUGUGUCGGCGUUGUUCGACAGCGGUGCGUACAUAUUUUAAAAGACGCCUCAUACAGCUUCGAGUGUUACUGAGACACAGUUCCCUCCGUCACGGAGUGCGAGGGUGUAGGCUGGUUUAUCAACCACACAAGUCAAAUUCUGCUUUAACUGCUGUUACUGAGAGUCCAGACUACAAGCAGCGGGUUCAGUCCAUCAAAGAUCUGGUCCGACAGCUGCCCGUCUGCAACCACGACACCAUGCAGACUCUCUUCAAGCACCUCAGGAAGGUGAUCGAGUACAGCGAGGAGAACCGUAUGACCACUCAGAGCGUGGCCAUUGUGUACGGCCCCACGCUGCUGCGCCCCGAACAGGAGACGUGGAACAUCGCGGUCUACAUGGUGUACCAGAACCAGAUCGUGGAGCUCAUACUGCUGGAGUACGAGAACAUUUUCGGCAGGUAGAGAGAGACGCUGGAGGACGAGCCUCUUGUUUUUCUCUCUCACUCUCCCAACGCAGAGCUCUUCCUAACCCAGCGUGGCCCUGCCGAACACAGCCUGGCUCGGAUCGGCUCGACUCAGCUUCUCUUCAUCUCAAAUUGUAGUCAAUGGCUUUCUCCUCUCGUACAACCUCCGGACCAAAGCUACGCAAAUGUGUCAUAAACCAAACCAUAGAUGUAUCUAACUAGCGACCAAGAAACAGGUUUGCACUUUUCACUAUCUCAUUUUCUCCUGCAGCUGCGCUUGUGCCACUUUACUGCAAUAGUUGACGUCCAAAUGUCCCGACACUGGAUUCCUAAUACAGGGCCAUGAACGCCUCGUCUACUGCACAGAGACCAAAGCAUCAGUUGGCUCGAAGUAAGAAGGAGGCGUCAGUAUUGGAGGUUGGAGGCUGGACUGUAUUGUAUAACCUGUCACCACUCCUGUAAGAACCACACUGGGGAACCAAGAGAAGAAACCUAACUGCUGUGCUUGGCUUUAGACGUUUAGACACUAAGAGAAGCAACGUGGAGAAGAAGGGAUGAUAUGGAACGCUUUUAUUUAGGAAUGAUAUGAACAUUUACUGCCCUUUCCGUACAGUUCUCCCUUUGUCUUUCCUUUUAUUUCAGCAGGAAUGCUUCACCAUCAAAAUGACCACUUGUAUAUCAAAUUACUCGACCCGUGUUUUCUUACGUUUUUGAAGAAGAUGUCGUUUUUCUUGUAUCCCUCUACGGUAGGAAGAAUUCAAAAAACAGUUUGAUGAAUUGACGUAAAUUGGGACGUAUUUUAAACCCUUUAUUUAAAAGCUCUCACAUUUUGUGUAGUAAAGCUCAAUUAUCCUGUCACAUGCUAGUAAUUCCAUUUAUUUAUAAAACCUUACAUUAUAAAAGACAUCAAAGUUUCACAUUUGAGCAUCAUUUGACCCUCCGUGAGACUAGUCAUGUGGAAGUGCUUUAAAUAGUAAGCUCUUAAUGAAGAAUUCAAGAUAACGUGGUGAAUAAUUGUCUUUUUGGAAAAUGGUCAUUCCUUUAAACGUUCCCCUUCUGCCUCUUUCCAUCUCUUUCUUUGUUCUUCUUCCUGUAUUCCUGAAAUACUGGACCAGGGUCCUCUGAACACACGAGAGGUUUCCACUCUGUAAUAUAUCUGCACGCCACCUUCUCCAUUUGGCUUUAUGAACAAAUCACCUUGCAGCAGCCAGAACUUGAACAACAAACAAAUGGUACUCAGCUGUGUCUUUCCUUGACUCAUGGAUAUGAAAUGUUAAGGCCAACCGUCUUUGAACCAUGACUCCAUUGAUACAUCUGAACAGUGUUUAUGUGUGUGCAUGUGGACGAGGGGGGGGUGGAUGAAUGAAUGGACUCAAUGACAAUAUAUUGUACAAAUAGUGAAUAUAAAUAUGUAUGUUUGGAAUGUUAAAGAAUAUGAUAAGAGGGAGAAAUCACUAUUGUUGUGAUCGUUGUGUGACCAACAGAGGAAUAAAGUUCUGAACUGGGGAUGUGGAGGUUUACCUGAGGUUCAGGUAAAUGAAAGAUUGUUUGAAUGUAACUUUGGAGAGUAACUGUUGGCUUUACCAAACUGGAAUAAAGACCUCUGAUAAGAGAUAUUUCCAAAGGA